GGAUUGAAACCUAGCAUGAGUAAAAGCCAGCAAGCGGCAGGGCAGCGGAGCUGUAGGAAAGAGGUGUCUGUCAAUCGUCUCGCCAGUGUCGCCUUUGAUCCCUCAAUGGCUUCUUGGUGCCGGAAAUGCAGGAAGCGUGUGUGUGAAAACCCUCCUUUCUCCAUCGUCAGAAUAAGCGAAGGCGAAAUGAAGUCCUACUACAACUUCCUAAGAGAGUGCACCAAGUUGGCAAAGAUGGCCAGGAGAGAUGAAAUCAUGCAACAGGAGAUCAGGCCCCUUGUUGCUGUGGAUAUCAUAGAACAGCUUAAAAGGCAGCUGAUUUGUCUUGCAGGAGGAAGGGGGAAAGAUGGGGCACCGAUCAUCACCUUCCCAGAGUAUCCAGGCUUCAGCGAGAUUCCAGAUGAGGAUUUUCUGAAUGUCGUUACGUAUUUAACCAGCAUUCCCAGUCUGGAGGCAGCCAGCAUCGGAUUCAUCAUCAUCAUAGACAGGCGGAGGGACAAAUGGAGCGCGGUAAAGGCGUCCCUCACCCGAAUAGCAGGAGCCUUUCCAGGGAACCUGCAGCUGGUCUUCGUCCUGCGACCGUCCCGUUUCAUCCAAAGGGCGAUCGCUGACAUUGGCAUCAAACUCUAUCGCGAUGACUUUAAAAUGAAGGUACCGAUCAUCAUGUUAAAUUCGGUUUCUGAUUUACAUGGAUACAUUGACAAAAGCCAGCUUACCCGGGAGUUAGGUGGAACCUUAGAAUAUGGACACAGUCAGUGGAUACACCAUCGAACGGCCAUUGAGAAUUUUGCCAUGACAGUAAAAACCACAGCACAGAUGUUGCAGACCUUUGGGACAAAUUUGGCAGAGACAGAACUUCCCAAUGAUGUGCCGUGCACUGAAGAAUUGCUGUCAGCACACACCGAACAGCACAACAAGUUGAAGGAUGAGCUGAAACUGGCUGUGAAGCAGGGGGCCACACUAUUGACUUGUAUUAGAGAGCCUGUCACACGAAGUGCCACCAGCAAACUUAGUCCAGAUGAAUUAGAAAAUGUGGCAACUGUAGAAAGGUUGCUAGCUCAGUUGGAUGAAACAGAGAGAGCCUUUGAUCAGUUCUGGUCCAAGCACCAUCUAAAAUUAGAACAGUGUUUGCAGCUUCGACACUUCGAGCAGGAUUUCAGAGAGGUCAAACUAGUAUUGGACAACCUGAUGGAAGCACAGGCUGGUUUCACGGAUAUUGGAGACAGUGUUUCCCGUGUGGAGCAUCUUCUGAAGGAGUGCAAGCAGAUAGAAGAAAGAGGACAGGAACCUUUGGAAAAAGCCCAGUCAUUAGCUCUUCAAGGAGACCAACUGAUCCAAAACAACCAUUAUGCAAUUGACUCCAUUAGACCAAAGUGUGUUGAACUCAGGCGCAUCUGUGAUGACUUUGCCAAUGAGACAAAGAAAAAAUAUGAUAUUUUAGGAAAGUCUCUAGAACUGCAUAAACAAAUAGAUAAGGCAAGCCAGUGGUGUGAAGCUGGAAUCUACCUCUUAGCUUCCCAAGCUGUGGACAAGUGCCAGACACAAGAGGGAGCUGAAACUGCACUUUGUGACAUAGAGAAAUUCCUGGGAACUGCCAAGGAUCACCAGCUAUUGAAUGGCAAGGAGUUCUGCAAUCAGUUUGAGAUGAUUCUCACCCCAGAGAUUAAGAGCAAUGCCCAAAGAGUUCUACAAAAACUAGAAGAUGUACAAGAAAUGUUUGACAAGAGGCAAGUGAGUCUAAAAAAGCUGGCAGCAAAGCCGACUCGACCAGUGCAACCCGUGGCCCCACAUCCAGAGUCAUCACCAAAGCGAGCAUCACCUAAAAGCAUCCGGCCUACCAGCACCUUAGCUACCCAUAGGAGAUCGCUAGAAAUUUCUAGUCCUCCAAAAUCUGUUUCUGAUGCAGACUUGUCAAAAAAGAAAAGUGUAAAGAAGACUAAAGGUGGAAUUAAGAUUGAAGUUAUGCACGAAGCAAGUCAAGGAGGUUCAAGCAGAAUCUUAGUGAUGAGUGAAAGUGAAGAAAACCUAUCUACCAGGAGAAGCCAUAUAAUAAAUGAAUUGAUAGAAACAGAACGGGUCUAUGUAGAGGAGCUCCAAAGUAUAUUAGAGGGCUAUGCAUCAGAAAUGGACAAUCCUGAUUUAAUUCACUUGAUCCCAACUGCAGUUUUGAACAGGAGGGAAGUUCUUUUUGGAAAUCUCUCAGAAAUCUACGAAUUUCACAACAGAAUCUUCCUCAAAGAGCUAGAAAACUGCAUUGAGAAUCCAGAGUUUCUUGGUCGGUGCUUUUUAAAAAGAAAGGAAGAUCUCCAAAUAUAUGAAAAAUAUUGCCAAAACAAGCCACGGUCAGAAGCCCUUUGGAGGCAGUGUGGAGAUAGCCUUUUCUUUCAGGAAUGUCAGAGGAAACUGGACCAUAAACUUUCCCUUGAUGCUUAUCUCUUGAAGCCAGUUCAGAGGAUAACCAAGUACCAGCUGCUUUUAAAGGAAAUGUUAAAAUGCAGCAAAAAUUCAGAAGGCACUGCUGAACUGGAAGAAGCUCUAGCCACGGUGCUUGAUAUCAUCAAGUCUGCUAAUGACUCAAUGCACCAGAUAGCUAUUACAGGUUAUGAGGGAGAUGUGCAUGAACUUGGUAAAUUACUCCUGCAGGGGUCCUUUAAUGUUUGGACAGACCACAAGAAGGGACACAAUAAAGUAAAAGAUUUAGCUAGGUUUAAGCCAAUGCAGAGACAUCUCUUCCUUUACGCAAAAAUCUUACUGUUUUGCAAGAAGCGGGAAGAAAAUACAGAUGGCCAUGAGAAGUCUCCUUCAUACAGCUUUAAAAAUUCUUUGAAGAUGAGCACGGUUGGUAUUACGGAAAACGUCAAAGGUGACAAUAAGAAAUUUGAGGUCUGGUACAACGGGAGAGAAGAGGUCUAUAUUAUUCAGGCUGCAUCUGUGGAGUUGAAGAACACGUGGGUCUCUGAAAUCAGAAAAGUCCUAACAGGACAACUGGAAGCUUGCAGAGAAGCAAGCCAGCUGCACCAAAGAAUCACUGAGAGUGUGUAUCAUGCACCAAUGAAUACCUUCAAUUCCUCCAGGUACAGCAGAAAGUCGAUGAGUUUGUGCGAAAAUAAAUCGGAGUUCUUAAGCCUGGAAGUGUCUAACAACCGAGACCAGAAUAUCAGCCCCAGUGCCAGACAAAAAAGAGCCGAUUCUUCCGCCAGCCUUAAUCUUGAGCGCUCAGCUCUUGCUAGAAAGCGGUUUACAUUGCAAGGUCUUUCCAACCGCAGAGCUCCACCCAAAGAUCCAGAAUCUAGAGAGAGAGAUGUUACCCGCCGCUUUUCCCUAGCUUCCUCCAUCAGCACCACAACUAACCCAUCUGCUUUAACCAAAGGUCCCCUUGCUCCUGCAAUUAGAGUCAAGAGGCAUGAGAUAAAAAGUGACCCGACACCUCUGGGUUUUGAAGAUGCCUUUGACUGCAACCUCUUGGCUCAAGCUAAAUGCAGCGCUGUUGUUCCCUCUACGAGACCAGUACCUAGAUCCGUUUCACAGACAGGAUGGCCCAGCAGGCAGAUGCCUUCACUAGACACUUUUGAGGACUUUGAAGUCAUCCCAUCCAGUGCGGAGGAGCUUUCUAACUCUUCGGAUAUGGAGGAGGAAAACCAGCCUAAUAAUGGGUCCAAUCUCUACCAGGUAGAAGGCCAUUAUGACACCUGUUUCUCAGAAUCCCUUAUGCUAGAAGAUGGGGAUUUAGUGCAGUUGAUACAGGAAGGAGAAGAUGGACAAUGGUAAGUA